GAGGCGGUGCACCUGGGCAUAGUAUCCACAUCCAAUUAAAGGGCCCAUUCCCUCCCCUUUAUCUGCGAGAUAACAAAUAACUUUGUAAGAACUUUUGUCUUUAAACUGGGCGGGCAGAGCAGUCGACUGCCGUCCAAAGAAAGAGCCCGCAUGAGCCAGGAAUGACCGUGCCCGCUUGCAGCAACGAUACACCGACAGUGUGAUCCAGCUCAAAGCUUGUCCCAAAGGUAUUAACUUACCAGAAGUAGGAGGCGCGGAGAAAUCCAUUCAUCAAAGCAGUCUUGUGUAGUGUGGGACACUUGCACUGAUCUGGAUUACUGCACCCAGGGACUUGGAGCAACAAGGUACCCGAGAUUUAAGAUACAGCGAGCUAGCUCGAGGAUCAGAGCCGCGUUGAAAUCCAGGUAACAAACACACGAUGGACUCCAAAGACGAGGUGAACUAUAUGGAUUAUACAGACUGGUACAUCGAUGAUCCUGUGGACACUGCUCUUCCCGCUGAGUUAGCUCCGUGCAAUCCCAUUAUCCGAGUUGAUUUGUUUCACAUCUCUGCGGCAGGCGUCUCUGUUGUGGUGCUGGUGUUGCUGUCGUUCUUUGUGAAGCGCAGGUGGAUGUGGAGAAGUUGGUGCGGUGGUGCUCCCGGCCUGUUGCAUCCAGCCGGGUUCUUGGAGAGCGACUGUCAUCGAGGGAUUGCUGCCGCCGUGUUUGGCGUGCUUGUCUGUUCCGUGUGUGCUGUGGCCAUUGACAGUACACCCCUGCCCAUUGGCCUGCAUUACUCCAAGGAGACCAAAGAGUACUGGAAGAUAGCUGCAUUACUGUACUACCCUGCUCUGUACUACCCCCUCCUCGCUUGUGCAACAGUCAAAAACAAAGUGGGCUACCUGCUCGGAAGUCUCCUGUCCUGGCUGCACUCUGGAGUACUCAUCUGGCAGAAAGUUGAAUGCCCCUUAUCACGAGAGGUAAUUAUUUCUGCUUAUGCAACAGCCUUAAGUUUUAAUUGGAGACUUAAUUCUGUCCCUAAGAACCGUGUAAACAGUAUCACGAUUGUGAAGUUUGGAAAUUACUGGAGUCCUGCCGGGUAUUUAUCCCUUUAUCCCUCUUCUUCCUUCCUACCCCACCUUCAGUGGCAAGCCGAUGAAUACUACAUGGAUUACUUGAGAGAAUUGUUGAAGAAAAGGCCAUCCAAGAACAGUGCGGGCACAGAUCAGUCGUGCAUCUCGUCCAAAGUCAGGACUUUGUUGAGAUCCUAUGUCUACAUACCGAUGAAAGGUAAAAGCCUGAAGCUCAAAUUCUCCGUGCAACUAUCUCUUGCUCUAUUUGCCCUCUGGCAGGUUGCCCUUCUCCUUGUAGUGGACGUGGUCCCAACCCUGCAGAAGAUGCGCGCUGGUGUCCAUGAAGAGUUCUCCUACGUGCUGGAAGGGUUCGGGAUCAACCUGUCGGAUAAGAGGGCUGAAGUGAUCCGAAUCGUCAAAUAUUACUUUUGGAUCGUGGAAGUUUGUUACAUCUCUGCAAUCACUACCUCCUGCUGUUUCACCUUGUCCAUGUUAAUGAGGUCAAUGGUUUUGCACAGGGAGAACCUGCUGAGCCUCUAUCGAGGAGACACGGGCAAAGUCUUCAACGUCCAGAGGCGUAUCAGACCAUCUCAGUCUGCCAUUGUCAGUUGGAUGAGCUUCACCGGCUACCAAGUUGCCCACGUCGCUUUGGGUCUGUCCAUCCAGCUGCUGGUAUUCUUCAUGUGUUUUGGCCUAUUUGCCUUUCUAAUUGUUGUCCCCAUUCUCCAUGGGCGAAACCUGUUUCUCUUCAAGAUCCUCGAAACUAUGUGGCCCUUCUGGCUGGCUCUGGUUGUAGUCCUGAUGAUUCAACACGUCCUUGCUCGGUUCCUGUUCCUGCACAAGGACGGCAAAACCCUGAGUAUUACCAACAGGCGAGGCCUCUACAUCUUCACGUACCUGUUCUUUAUGUUCAACGUGCUGAUCGGCUCCAUUGUUGCAGUGUGGCGGGUAGGCCUGACAGCGGUCUACAACAUCAUUCACUUCUGCAGGUUGGACAUGAGCCUUCUCCACAGAGGGGCGGAGUGCUUUGACCCAGCCUAUCGCUGUUAUGUCGGAUUCCUGCUGGUGGAAGUCAGCCAUUCGCACCCAGUGAUGAAAGCGUUCUGCUUCCUCCUUCUCCGCUCCCAGGACUUGGGGUUGAGUAGAGGCGACAGAUGCAAGAAUGAGGAAGAAGGGAUCCAGUUGAUGUCCAAUCUGACGUUGUCCAAGACGGCCAGGUCCAGGCGUGUGCGGGCGAGGUGGCACUUGGCUUUCACCCUCCUGCGCAACCCAAUAUUGAUCGCUUCCAGGAAGCCGGAAGUCUGCUCGGUCGCUGAUCUGGUUUCAAAUGGAGAAUUGAACUCUUCCUCCCAACACAGCCCAGAUGACAAUCUCACUAAAUCUGAACUUUGUGAAAAGGAGUAGGGCUGCUUGAGAAUGUUGAUUCUGUUCCCCUUAUGAUUCUGAUGUUGGUCAAAAAUCGACAGCGAUUUUAACGAUCUUGUGUAAAGGUUGUACACAUGCCCCUCUCUGAGGACGUCAUUUCUGGUCCCAUUCCUACCCCCCCAAAUCAAUCAAUGGUUGAUUGCAAAUGCAGGGUUUGGCCACUAGGUAUCUCAGCGGAGGCACUCAAAGCUGGAGAAACUC